AGAUGCCUCAUUCAGACGAUACUACGCCAAAAAGUAAACUAAUGGCACAGUAGUGAUCUAGUAAUCAACGAGUACUGCUUAAUAGUGAGUCAAUAUGCAUCUAUAUUCAUCUAGUGAGAGUAGGGCUCUGAUUCAAUAACUCGUAAGCACUACUCAUAAUAACAUGGUAAUUAGUGACUGAAUGGCUGUAGUUGUAUCCUUGAGCUUGAUUUUUUGGUAGUAUAAUCAUAGAAAAAAUGAAACGGCACAGGGCAGACGAAUGUCCUGACCUUAGUGCUGCUAGAGGUCGACCGAGCCCAGCGGUCUUGGGCUCAGAUUCUAGCUCCUCCUGCGUGUCUGGAGUUAGACACGGGCUGGGAGCUAAAGGGCCUAGUAAUCAGGGAGUCUGCCGGCCUGCUUCGCCUCAGCGGAUCUCGGAGAAAUCAUCAGCAGUCUAUGAACGUGCGGGCCGCCUUUUAAAUCCAGGCUUGCACUCAUGUCAGUACUUGGCAGGAACAGGAGACACGUUCUUACUAGAUGAAACGCUGCUGCUAGAUGAGGCAGCACACAACCAGGACACCUUGCAUAGCUUGACAGCAGAUGACGAAUUCUUCCUAGAUGGUGUUUUGCUGGAGCAGUCGCAGGAACAACAGAGACCAUCGGAGAGUCAGUCUCUACCAGUAGUGCAAGCAGCUUCAGAAAGGGACUCGGUGACGGCAUCAGAGAGUCAACACUUCAUGCGUAAAAUAGGACCGGGCCGGCCGAAGGCGAGUAUGGAGGAUCGUGCAGAGUUUUGGAAGUUAUGACGAGUAUCUCAGCGCACUAUCCUCAGACAUAUAUCACAGCACCGCACUAGAAAACGACUUAUUUUCUCCAUUUCUUUUCAUAUAUUUCUUGAGUUUAUUGUUGGUGAGCUCUAAUAAUGAACAGAUGCAAAAUCAUACAGCAGAAGGAGAAACGGUUGCGGAACCGAUUAGAGGAGCUUAAGUCCCACGCACAAGACGACGCCUACAUGCGGAAGCUAAGACUGCAGAUGGCGCGUGGCUUAGCAGACAGUGCUGCUGCUGUUCGGGCAUACUCGAAGGACGUGCUUCUUCUAGAAGAUGCCGUUGCGCGGACAUCUCUGGCCAGCUAUAAAGCUGUUAUAGUGGAGAGAAUAUUCAAGGAGAACAGGGCAUGGAUAAAGAUUAAGGCCUAUAGACAAUCGGGCGCAGUAGUAAAGUAGAGAUGACACAUUUGCACUGCAACCUUUAGCCCGUCACUAGUGCUCUCUAAUAGCAGCAUCUUGGACUUACUGCCAAACGAGCAUCCGACUUUCCUCCGAAUGAUAUGGCGACUUGGUCUGAUGCGCGUGUCCUUCUCGAUUCAACUAACUAAAAAAAGAAUACUUGGGAAGGACAUGGUGAGUAACUCUAACACCUGGACACGAUGAAUUCCGCGCUCACUUUAAAAAAAUGGGAACAGCGACGUACUUACUGGCCUAGUUGUUGUGUAGAGUAUGGAUUUAUGGUCCAGAAAUGCUCAGUAGUGACAUAAUAAAUGAUGAAUAAUGUGCAAUAGUGACACAGUAAAUGGUGAAUAAAGUUCGAUAAUGAAUCAGUUUUGAUAUAGUAAUCACACAGUAGUCAAACAAUAACCAUCACUAUGUAUACAGUAAUAGCACAGUAAUAAACUAGCACAAGACUCAGUGACUACGACUAUCUGUAGUAGUAUUAUCUUUUAAGGUUAUUAGAUCGUGCAUUUUAUUGGGAGAGCUGUACUAUCAGGGCGAUGCAAGUGGACCAACACGCUACGCAAAGCCGCAACUCCAGUGCGCAGCUUUAUCUUUAAGGCUUGAAGCAUGUCACUUCUGUGUGCUUUCUCUACUUGAAAAUCGUUCAAAAAAUGAAAUGCUUCAACCUCUAAUAUCUGGUGAACUUCUGGGUUCCCAGUUUCCUAAGGCAGAAGGUUGGGCUUCUGCCGUUGUCGGAGCUACGCUAUUUGUUAUGGAAGGAUCACUGAGUAUGUAGAUGCGCAGUAGAGUGUCGUUUGUAAGUUUCUAGCCUAGUGAGCUGCUAGCAGGGGCAUGUAAAAUGAGUGCUGUAGAAGUAGAGGACCUCCUUUUUUCAUAUCUUUGCGAGCUGCAUGCGCUGGCGAGGAAAAACAGUGCAAGUGUGGCAGUGUCGAUGGUUGCCAUGUUUGAGGCCAUGUGCGAUGACCUGCUGAAGACUCUGGAGAAGUGUGUCGGGGAGGAAUGCGAAGCGUUGAAGCGUGUGCUGGUCCAUUGUAUCGUCAGCGAUAACUUGGAAGCCAACGCAUUGGCCGUCAGGAUGUCGCGUAAGAAGAUGCGACAAACAGCGAAAAGGAUGGGGCUGGAGUAUAUAGUGGUCUUAAGGAUGUACUUUUUUAGCUUUCGGGCACAAGGAUGAAGACACAUCAGCACUGGGCUGAUGUUGAACGUUCUCUCUUGUGUCCGCUGGUGAAGCCGCUGCCCUCUAAAUUCGUAUUUGGACCUGGAGUGUUGCCCCCAUAAGAUGAAUUUAGUGUCGAGCUUCGUUAUGGCUGGCUAUGUAUCAUGGGCGCGUAGAUAUAAUUCACACACGACCACGAGCUAGCGACUACCACACACUACCACUAGCUCACGCAUGGUUUGCCUUUCCUUUUCUGGUUUAUAAGUUAUCUAUGGAUUGGUGUAUAGUAUUUCUAACAUAGCGAUGCUAGGAAACGACGCGGCGCUGGCGAAAAGAAGUUAUGACACAAGUGGAUAGUGCUGCGUAGUCUCUCUGUCAGGCUAUUUGCAGCGAUCACAUGGCUAAUUUGGAACAGUAAUGACCUACCCUAGUCUUGUUGUAAAAGUCACUCAAUAGUCACCCAGUAAUAGAUGAGUAAUAGCCUAAUAGUAGAGUAGUACUGGGUCAGUUUUAAAGUGUUUGCGUCUUCUAAUGUGCAGGACAGCUGGAAAUCUGGGAAGGAGAAGCAUCGGCGAACGUCGACGUAGGCAGG